GGCAAUUUAACACUCUGCGCGGCUAUAUAUUUCGUGAAUCACACUUCGGUUUUCUGCUGUGCUGACUAUCUCCUUCCCUUGACAUUUCUCUUUCAUCUCGCAGUAGCGUAGGAAGAGAUCCCCAUUUUUGUAGGAUGGCUCCAGCAGCAGCAGCUUCAAUAAAGCCUAGAGAUGUUUGCAUUGUUGGUGUUGCACGUACGCCAAUGGGUGGCUUUUUGGGUACACUUUCAUCUUUAUCAGCUACCAAGCUUGGAUCUAUAGCCAUUGAAGCCGCUCUUAAAAGGGCAAAUGUUGAUGCAUCACUUGUACAAGAAGUUUUCUUUGGAAAUGUUCUCAGUGCAAAUUUAGGACAGGCUCCUGCUAGACAAGCUGCAUUAGGUGCAGGAAUACCUAAUUCAGUGGUCUGUACCACCAUCAACAAAGUUUGUGCAUCAGGAAUGAAAGCAACAAUGCUCGCAGCACAGAGUAUCCAGUUGGGUGUCAAUGAUAUUGUUGUGUCUGGUGGUAUGGAAAGCAUGUCUAAUGUGCCUAAAUACCUAGCAGAAGCAAGGAAGGGAUCUCGAUUUGGACAUGAUUCUCUUGUUGAUGGAAUGCUGAAGGAUGGGCUGUGGGAUGUUUACAGUGAUACAGGGAUGGGUGUUUGUGCUGAAUUAUGUGCAGAUAAUCAUGUAAUAUCAAGGGAGGAGCAGGAUGCUUAUGCUAUUCAUAGCUUUGAGCGUGGUAUUGCUGCCCAAGAUGGUGGUGCCUUUGCAUGGGAAAUUGUUCCGGUUGAAGUUUCUGGGGGAAGAGGGAGACCAUCAACUAUUGUUGACAAGGAUGAAGGUCUAGGAAAAUUUGACCCUGUGAAAUUAAAGAAGCUCCGACCCAGUUUUAAGGAGAAUGGAGGUUCUGUCACUGCAGGCAAUGCUUCUAGCAUAAGUGAUGGUGCUGCUGCUUUAGUUUUGGUAAGUGGAGAGAAGGCACUUCAACUUGGGCUGUCAGUCAUUGCUAAGAUUGCAGGAUACGCUGAUGCUGCUCAGGCACCAGAAUUAUUUACUACAGCUCCAGCCCUUGCAAUUCCAAAAGCUAUUUCAAAUGCAGGCUUGGAGGCUUCUCAAAUUGAUUACUAUGAAAUAAAUGAAGCCUUUGCUGUUGUGGCUCUUGCAAAUCAGAAACUGCUUGGACUUAGUCCCGAAAAAGUUAAUGUGCAUGGUGGUGCUGUAUCCUUGGGACAUCCUCUAGGUUGCAGUGGAGCCCGAAUCUUGGUCACACUUUUGGGGGUACUGAGGCAGAAAGAUGGGAAAUAUGGAGUCGGUGGUGUUUGCAAUGGUGGAGGUGGUGCAUCAGCACUAGUUGUAGAGCUUGUGUAAGCCUUGUUAUAUUUGCCAUCCUUGCUGCAGGCCAGUUAUGAGUGCAGGAGCCUGGGAGAGAUGAAUCUCCAUCACCCGCCAAGUUAGACGAAGUGCAACUUAAUCUCGGUUUCUUUUUCCUUUUUGCCUUUUUGUGUUUGUCGUCUGAGAAAUAAAAAUGUACUUAGCUUCAGAAGAAAAUAGAAUAAUAACUGUUCUUCCGUA